AUGGACGAGUUCCAAGUAGCCCUCAACAAUGUUGAGGAAUGGCUCCGUCGAAUGGUCGGCGUAUGCAAAUUUACUCGCACCGCCUCGCCAGAAGUGUUUUGUUCAGCACUACCAAAUCAUUGGCGUUCCAACAAGUCAUUACCUCACCCUUUUACAGUACUAAUACUGUACCCAGUACCGGAUGGUACUAAGGUUACCGUAACUGCGGGGAAUGAAGAGAAUUGUUGUCCUGAUAUCAAGAAUAAUGUCGCUGAAGUGACACAACAAAUGGCAAGGUUUACGGACCUGAGGUUUGUCGGCAAAAGUGGCAGAGGUGAGUACUGUAGUUUGUAUUACAAUUGUUUUUUAUGGUAGGGUAGGGUAGGGUAGGGUAGGGUACGGUAGGGUACGGUAGGGCAAAAAACCAAGUUAAAAUCAAUAUUACAGGUAAAAACUUCAACUUGACGAUAACAAUUCACGGCCAUCCACUGAAGCACGUUGUGACUGUAAACAAUAUUAUCAAAGUUACCGUAGAUGGUCCAAGAGACUCGAGAAAUCCUAACAGAAGCAUGAUAAGUAAGUUUUUUUUGUAAAAUACGGUUUUUGUACGAGCGAUUUCAAAUAUUUUUGAAAAUCAAUAAUUUUUGUGACACUUCGUCACACAUUUAAAAUAUCAGUUUUUAUCACAAAAGAAAUGGUUAGGUAAACAUUUGAUAAUUUUUUAAAGCAUUUUUAAAGAUUUUAAAAUGAUCAAUACUUUUUGUGACAUUUAGUUAUAACAUCAUUUUGUGACACUUCGCUACACUAUCAAAUAACAUUUUUUCCUAAUUUCAGACGACCGUAAACGCCCCGCCGGUCCUCUCCACCCCCUACAAUUCGCCCCCUUCCUCAAACACCCUCGCCUAUUCCCUGGCUUCUCACCAAAUCUACCAACAAUGGUACCACAUUGCUCCAGUUUCAACCCCGCUAUACUGGAAUCCUUCGCUGCGGCUAUGUCAAUUUACGGAAAUCAACAAAAUUCGGUUUUUAAUUCGAAUUUUGGCCAAUUCAAGCCUGAGGUGUUGAGUCAAUGGUCUCAGUUGAGUAAUAUUAACAACCCUUUGAGCGCCUUGAAUCAGCUAGUCCAGCCGAAAAAGGCGAUGAAACAUGAAGAUAGAGAGACACCGACCAGCUCGACCAGUGAGAAUGAGGCCAAACUACCGAAAAGUGACAGUACACCUAAGAUGAAAAUUGAACAUAAUGACAAAAAUAAGGUAAUUAUUGAUUUUUUUAAAAUUUUUUUUAAAAUUUUUUGGCUUGUAAAGAAAGUUUUGACGAGUAGUAUCGAACUUAUCACUUGGUCAAUGUGACUGAGCUUAUUUGUUUAGAGGUAUGGCAUGGUGAGUACUAUAAGCAUAACUUAUCUAGUACUAGUACUAUGGUAUGUAUAUAGCCUUAGCGUUAGAGUAUGUAUAUAGUACUUGUACUAGUAAGUAGUAUUAGUACUAAGUAUGUCUAUAGCACUAGUACAUAUGUGAGCACUCGUACUACCGUUAGCUAGGGUAGGGCUUUUAAAGUCAUUCCUUUACUAAGAAGCGGUUUUGCAGCCUGCAGGUGACAAGUUAUACGAUGAGUCUGAUUUUAGGAGUUGUAAACAAAAUUCUUGUCAUUUUAAGUUUUGCAAAGAAAGUUCUUGCCAUUAUAAGCUUUGUAAAGAAAGUUCUUGCCAUUUUAUGUUUUGUAAAAAAAGUUCUUACCGUUUUAAGUUUUGUAAAGAAAGUUCUUGUCAUUUUUUGUUUUGUAAACAAAGUUAUUCCCUUUUUUCUGUUUUGUAAAAAAAAGUUCUUGCUAUUUUUUAUCACAUUUUAAAUUUUAGAACCUCGAGAACACUCAAGAUCUAAUCCACGUUGAUGUAGAAACGACAGACGACGAAUUCAAUUUAUCGACCGCUUCGACCACUUCGUCGUCAAUGAAUUCCCAUUCGCCUGAGGGGUCGAAAAAAGAAAUUAAGAAUGCGGCUUCACUUUGGCGACCCUUUCUUGAUGCUGCCUUGAAAUCUACCUAA